GUUUCCGUCAUCAGCCGAGCCUAUUUUUCCAGCGCACCACAUACAGAAGUAUCAAGCAUGGACGAGAGUGCACAGCAAAUAUUAGAGAAUUUGACUGAAGUAGAGGUUGCUGCAGAAGACAUACUUGCUGACAAACAACAGAUUGUGGAUCUGGAUUUGCGGAGAAACAGAAAUCGAGAAGCAUUCAACGCUUUACGAAAUCAUUCCUCAAACGACAAUGUUAAGGUGUGUUUUGGAAAUAUGUUCAUCAAAUUCCCCCAAGAGAGCGCCAGAUCCAUGAUCCUUAAAGACCAAGAAAACCUUGACAAGGAAAUAACUGACCUCCGCAAACGACUAAAAGCAAAAGUAAAUCGUCUCAAUGAGUUACAAGGGAAGCCUGAGCUGACGGGAUAUAAUCUUGCCCCUCUGAGCUCUGAUGAGAUGAAGGCAAUCAACAGCCUCAUUAAGAGAUGAGAUUCCUCAGGCUGUCUUCAUGUGUUCUGACCUGGAGUAAACGCAAACCAGCGAGACUUUACUGACUCAGCUGAAGACCAAUGCAAGUGUU